AUGGACCCUUUCCAUGAUAAAUAUAAAACCAACAUAGAGCUUACUGCGGUUGAAAGCGAAUCAAUUGGUAAGACUAAGAAAAGAAAUAUUUUCUCUUUUACUAUUGCCAAAGAUUUCAUUUUAAUAGUGCCAGGAGCUCUAGCAUGUAUAAUAAAUGCUUUGUGUACACCCGUUGAAACCAUAGUUUAUGGUAGACUUUUCACUAAAUUAAGUGAUUUUGCAAUCUAUGACCUCACCUUUGAUAAAUUUAUAAAAGAUGUAGGAAUUUAUUGUAUUGCCUUAUUGAUCCUUGGAAUAGUAAAACUGAUAACUAAUGUGUUUAUUUGCUAUUUCUGGUUCAAGAAUGGUGAAAACCAACAAAGGAGAGUUAGACUGGUGAUUUUUGAUAAGAUCUUGAAUAAAUCCAAAAUAGAAUGGAUUGAAAACUUCAAGAAUAUUAAUGGAGAAAUUACUCAAUUGAACAGAUGUGUAGAAGAAUUCAGAGCUUGUAAUGCUGAAGUUGUAGCUAUGUUCAUUCAAUGUGUUGUUACUGGAAUUUCCUUAUUCAUUGUGGCCAUGUACUUCUCAUGGUCUGUAACUUUAGUAAUUUUUGCUUUAACUCCGGUUCUUGUUUUGGGAGGUUAUCUUUCAGGAAAGUUCAGUUAUAAAUUUGCCGAUAAAGAGAAUUUGUAUAGUUCUAAAUCAUCAAGAGUCAUCAAUUGGUUGAUUUUGAAUCCAUCCAUUCCUAGAUUAUUCAACGGGAAAUCUUCUGAUGUCAAGAACUUCAAUAACUUGAUUAACAACUGUUCAAGCUUCAAUUAUAAGUUACAAAAUGUAGUUUUCAUGAAUCUUGGUUUGGUUAGAGUUUUGGGAUUAUUAAUGUUCGUUCAAGGUUUCUGGUUUGGUAAUACCAUGAUUAGGUUGCAAAAGGUUGAUAUUAAUGGGGUUUUUACUGCUUUUUCAGCUUGUUUAUUGUUAUCAGAAGCUUUGAGAUUACUUUCUGAAGUUAUGGGUGAAUUCUAUCGUGGGAAAGCUGCCGCAUCAAAACUUGCUACUUUUAUUGCUUUGAACUCAAACGAAAUAGCUUCAUUCGACGAAGCUUCAGGUAGUUCUGGAAUAACAUUUAACAGACCAACUUUUGCUAAGACUUCACCUAAUUGGUGUAAUGGAGAAAUCGAAUUGCAAAAUGUCUCUUUCAAAUAUAACAACAAACAGGAAAUCAUUUUGAACAACGUAGAUUUGAAAUUUCAAUCUAAUGAUUUCAACUUUGUUAUAGGUAAAUCCGGUAGUGGUAAGUCGACAUUAUCACAAUUGAUCAUGAACUUUUAUCUGCCAAGUUCUGGUAAAUUAUUAAUUGAUGGUUACGAUAUUACCACUUUGGAUGAUAAAUGGAUUAAUAAAAACAUCACUUUGAUUCAACUGAACCCAAAUAUCUUCAAUUUAUCCUUGAAGGAAAACUUGGCUAUGGCUAUCUUGGAUCAACAUGACUCAAUUGAUUCAAUUCCCUACGAAUUGUUUGAAGAAGUUAUCGAAUUUUCUUUGUUAGAUAAGUUAGUACAUAAAUUAGGUGACGAUUUGAACCAACCGGUAUCCAACUCAAAAUUAUCAGGAGGUGAAAAACAAAGGAUUUCCAUCGCUAGAGCUAAAUUACGUGAUACUCCUAUUUUAAUUAUUGAUGAAGGUUUAAGUGCUUUAGAUGACCUUAGUAGAAAUAUUUUAUUCAGAGCUAUCAAAACUUGGAGACAAGGUAAAACCACCAUUUAUAUAACGCAUCAGUUAGACCAAAUUCAAGCUGAUGACUUUGUUAUCAUCAUGGAGGAUGGUAAAGUUAGAAACAAAGGGUUAAUGAAAGAUUUGAGACAUGAACAAUUAAUUAAAGAUGCCCAUUUGAGUACGGUCUCAAGUAGACAUUUCAGUAUUUCUUCUGAAGAUUCAGAGGAUUCCAAAUCAUUAGAAACUAAGAACAAAUUCUCCAAUUUGAAUUAUUUGAAAGAUGCCCAUGCCUUGAAAGACAUGAGCCCUGUACCUAUCAAAGAAGGUGAAGAGAUCUAUGGAAUAAUGAGAAUCUUAGUUUAUUGUUUGAAAACAGUUGAUGCUAAGGUGUUCAUUUUACUUGGUGGGAUCUUUUGCUUAAUCCAUGCCGUUAGUAAUCCAAUCUUUUCAUACUUAUUUGCCCGUUUGAUGGAUAAUAUGGUAAGUACUUCCAUGGGUAUAAAUUUAUCAAGCAAAUUAAAAGUCUGGUCUUGUAUUGUUAUUGGAGUAGCUAUCAUUAAUGGUGUAAGUUACUACUUAUCUAACUUCUUAUUAGCUGUAGCAAGUGAAAGAUGGGUUAACAAGUUAAGAAGAUUAUCAUUGAUGAAGAUUAAUGAAAAAGAUUUGUCAUUCUUUGAUAAUGAGACCAAUAGACCAAGUGAAAUCAAUGCUCUCUUGAUGAACGAUACUAGAGAUUUGAGAACCAUGAUCUCCAAAUUCUUGUCAGUGUCUAUCACUAUAAUCUUGUUGGUCUUGAUUGGUUCAGCUUUUGCAUUAGCAAUCGGUUGGAGGUUAUCUUUAUGUGGAUUAGUAUUUGUAUUAGUAGUUGCCGUUGUUACUGCAUUAUAUUCAAGGAUUUUACAAAAGAGGGAAACUGCUUAUAAAGAUCAAAUCAACAAUUUGGAAGCUUUGAAUUUUGAUAUGAUCAAUGGUAUUAAAACCAUAAAUUCAUUAAACUUGAAAUCAUACUUUGACGAUAAGUUUGAAUCUCAAGCUUCAGAUGUUUUGAAGGUAGCUCAUUCAAGAGCUUUACAUGGUGGAAUUUCGUAUGCUUUGACAGAACUUGUCACUACUUUGGGAACCACAGUUCUUCUUUACUAUGGAUUGAGGUUGGUAGGAACUAGAGUUUAUUCUAGAUUACAAUUCUUACAAGUAGUUACAUUAUUGAUCAUGACAUUCAGUAACGCAUCCAUGUUAAUGAAUGAAUUACCAGAUAUUACAAGAGGUCAAAGAUGUGCAACAUAUAUUAUGAAAUUAUUAGAAUCACCUUCAUCUCCUGUGGAAAUUAGUGGCCAUGAAACACCAAAGAAUGUUAACAAUGAAGAAAUGGUUAAGUUCACCAGUAUAAAUUUUAAUUACAACUCCAAUAGUCAUGGGUUACGUAACGUAAGCUUUAAGAUCAAAUCUGGAGAUAUUUUCGGUAUUAUUGGGGAAAGUGGAUCAGGAAAAUCCACCAUAAUCAAUCUCUUGACAAGAUUAUAUGGUGGAUAUGAUGGAUCUAUCACCAUCAAUAACUCAGAGAUCCACAACAUCGAUGUUCAAUGGUUGAGAGAAUACAUUUCCAUCGUUCCACAAAAUCCUAUAUUCUUUGAAGGUACAAUUUAUGAUAAUGUCACUUAUGGAUUAACCAAAGAACAAUUGAUGAACACCAACAUCAAUGAAUACUUACAAAAAUGUAAUAUUGAAUCUUUCGUUAACUCAUUGCCUGAUGGACUUCAGACCAAUAUUGGUUCGUUAACAGAGAAUUCUUUGAUCUCAACCGGUCAAUUACAAAGAUUAGCUAUCGUUAGAGCAGUCAUAAGAAACCCCAAGAUCUUGAUCUUAGAUGAAUGUACUAGUAAUCUUGAUACUCAAAACUUCAACUUAGUUAAAGAUUUAUUGGUCCAAUUGAACAAAGACAGUGAUAUUACCAUGAUUUUAAUCAGUCAUAGUACAGAGCUUUUGAGUAUCACCACUAAUUCUGUUCAUAUAAGUCGUGGUCAAGUUAUGAACUAA